UCAUCAGUUCAGUCUGCAGCGAUGGCAUCCUCUGCAGAUGUACACGUCCGAAUAUGUGAACAAGAAAUCAUCAAGUAUGAUUUAGAAAUAAAAGCUCUCGUUCAGGAUGUCAGUGAAUGCACAGGACCACAAAGCAAACUGACAGAUUUCAAUGUACAAGUAAAAGAAAAAUUCAGCAAUCUUAGACAGCGGAUUCAGGAUCUGGAGCAAAUGGGAAAAGAACAGGACAAAGAGUCUGACAAGCUGAAUCUACUCAAUAAAGCAGAAGGACAUCGGAAACAGAUGCUUAGUAAUCAGACUGCUUGGAGGAAGGCCAAUCUCGCCUGUAAACUCUCCAUUGAUAAGCUGGAGAAGGAAGAUUUGUUAAACUCAGAGGAUAUGUCUAUAAGACACAGAAAGAUGACCAAAGAAAGCCUGGCUCAGACCUCCAGUGGCAUAACAGAGAGUCUGAUGAGCAUCAGCCGGAUGAUGGCGCAGCAGGUCCAGCAGAGUGAGGAGACCAUGAGCACGUUAGCGACGUCUUCCAGGACCGUGCAUGAAACUAAUGAAGAGUUUAAAGCCAUGACGGGAACUAUACAGCUGGGCAGAAAGCUGAUCAUUAAAUACAAUCGACGGGAACUGACGGACAAGCUGCUUAUUUUCCUCGCUCUCGCGCUCUUCCUGGCUACAGUCUUGUACAUCCUGAAGAAAAGACUCUUUCCUUUCUUUUAAAUACUGAGCAAUGCAUAUGAUGCAUAAAUGAUAAAAGAAGAGAAAGGCACCUACAAGCCGUAAAACAUUUUUGCUUUCCUUGUGAAACUGUUGAUCAUGUCAUGAAAAAUAUAUAUGACGAAGCGUUACUGUUGACUGACGAAACUAUGAAAGCGGUAACUAACUCGUCUCGUCAUUUUGUAGGUGUCAUAAGUUAUUUUUAUACCAUAACAUGGUAAAUCUGCUAAAUGCAUAAAUGUAAAUGUAAAUAUAUAACACUUUUUGUGCUUAACUAUAAAUUAUGCUUCAUAAAUGUAUUAUUGAGAGUACAAUAAAGAGACAGUUUGUGAAGUUAGACCUGUUAUGGCAAAAAUCUUGCAAAAGAAGUGAAUUAUGAAUAAAAUCUCUUCAUUUUAAAACAU